UAUUGUACCAAUAAGAUGACACAUUUGAUCUCCUUUCUCCCCUGUUUUUUUCCAUGUUUUCACAGUUAUAUAUAUACAUAAACAUACUAGUACAACAGAACCAAUUUGGAUCAAAAACCAAGAAAUGGGAUCUCUGUCUAGGUCAUUAUUAUACUUGUCAUUGUUUUUGUUUUUUAAUAAGACAAAUGCCACUUCUUCUUUUCUUAAUGCUUCUAAGGCCACUUCCUGCAAUUUAUUCAAAGGCAAAUGGGUCUAUGAUCCAUCUUACCCUCUUUACAACCCUGCUACUUGUCCUUUCAUGGAUCCUGAAUUCGAUUGUAUAAAGUACAAUAGACCCGAUAAAUCAUAUCUUAAGUACAGAUGGCAGCCAUUCGGGUGUAACCUCCCAAGGUUUAAUGGGGCAGAAUUUUUGCUAAAAUGGAGAGGGAAGAAGAUUAUGUUUGUGGGUGACUCAUUGAGUUUCAAUAUGUGGAUCUCACUUAGCUGCAUGAUUCAUUCAUGGGUGCCUAAUGUUAAGUAUACAAUUGUAAAAACUGGAGGAAGUAUUCUUACUGAUCUUACGUUUCAGGAUUACGGACUAACACUAUCGGUUUAUCGUACAACUACCAUAGUUGACAUUGUUAACGGAAAAGCUGGUAGUGUAUUACAACUAGACUCUAUCCGUCAAGGGAACGCUUGGAAGGGAAAAGACAUGUUAAUAUUCAACUCGUGGCAUUGGUGGACACACACUGGACGUGACCAACCGUGGGAUUACAUUGGAGAAGGAGGGAAACUGUACAAAGAUAUGAACAGGCUCGUAGCGUAUUAUAAAGGAAUGACAACAUGGUCGAGAUGGGUCAAUCGCUUCGUUGACCCUUCCAAAACCAAAGUUUUUUUCCAAGGAAUUUCCCCUGUCCAUUAUGAGGGAAAGGACUGGAAUGCACCAUCCAGAUCAUGUAAGAGUGAAACCCAACCAUUCUUCGGUUUAAGGUAUCCUGCCGGCACACCAAUGGCGUCUGUUGUACUUAAUAAAGUGUUGGCACGAGUUAAGAAACCCGUAUACUUGCUAGACAUCACGACACUUUCCCAAUACCGGAAGGAUGCUCACCCAACUUACUAUAGUGGCAAUCAUAUUGGUCUAGAUUGUAGCCAUUGGUGCCUUCCCGGCUUGCCAGAUACAUGGAAUGUGCUUCUUAAUGCAGCAUUAAGCUGACGAGAAUAUUGAUUUUAGAGUAGAAUUUCUUUGUAUACAAACAAAAUAAUACAAAGAUGUCCUGCAUUAACAUAACAUGGUUGUAUAAUACAAACAUAGUAUGCUUGUUCUGGACGCGUAUGAUUCGUUUGUUUA